AACGAUGUUGUUCAAGGGUUGAAGAUCAACUAUGUUCUGGUUACCGGAACGCAAACCGGCUGUUCGGGUCAGCACUUCAUGCGGAAGAUCGUUGGACCGGGCGACUGUGACGGUCACGGCUCGCUGAGCUGUCGAAAUGAGGCCACGGGAGAGCACGGUGCUGUCCUGUCGCAACAGCAUUCCCGAAUGAGAAAAAAAACCUCAACGGUAAACGGUCACCACAUUACAAACAACAAAAGACUGUUAAUCCGCGACCAACGCGCUUUUAGAGGAUUACAUGACGCAACCAUAAAACAAACUGUUGCUUGACACAAUGCCUAGACUAUUUUCUUGGUUUGUCUCCGCUUCUUGAAAACAGUACAAAACUUCUCAGGUGUCUUUGUGUCUCGGGAAAGAACGUCACUUCCUUGGGAAGUCAAACUAUUCUACAGCACGGAGGGAGGAGUGAUGGGAGUCAGUUAACCUUUCAGAGGAUCAGGGAAUUCCUGACUGAGAAGUUUUAUCCGGGCGAAUACUCUUGCGACGGAGCUGCAAACAGGACACGUAAAGCACGUUGGCGCACUUUUACAUUUUCACAUAGUUCCAUUUAAAUAUUCACAUUAACUAGGAUUGUUUUAAAUGUAAGUAAAAAUGUUCAAGCCGUGCGUAAACGUUAUCUUUUAUUUUGAACACAGAACACGCUACCGCUUCAGGUGAUAACGGAAGGAACGUAGCGUGGGGCACUUAUCGAUAGACUACAAACGGUUAAAACGGCUUUUAUGGACGUCGUUUAAAUCCUUUGUUUUCGGGAUAUUGUGGACCCUAUCGACUACACCAUAUUUGACUGUACUUGUCGACAUAUGUCACUUUAAACGAGCAACAGAUGAACACAAUCAUGUAAACUUUAGCCACCGACUCGCUGUGACCCGAAACCUUAAGUUGCCAUCGUAUUGUGAAGUUUUUACUCCGGGGGAAAGCUCGCGGGGGAAAUGUGUGAGAGAUGGGACUGUGCUUGGGAUCCGAAGUCACGGAGGAGGGAAAGAAGGCAAAGAUUCAAAGCGCGAAGAUCGACCGGGACCUGUACGAGUCCGCCAAACGGGACAUGAGCGUUGUCAAGGUUCUGUUGCUGGGCGCUGCGGAGAGCGGGAAGAGCACCUUGGUGAAACAAAUGAAGAUAAUCCACAGUCAUGGUUUCACGAGACAGGAGCUGACCAGCUUCAAGCCGGCCGUGCUGGACAACCUGCUGACCUCCAUGAGGUUCGUGCUGCACGGCAUGGGAGUCCUGAGGAUCAACCUGGCCUCCAGCAACAACAAGGUGCACGCCCACUCCGUGUUGUCUUGUGGGCGGAGCUUCGACGAGGACCAGGUGCUCCUCCCCUUCAUAGGCCACGCCCUCUCCUGUCUGUGGGCUGACCCCGGCGUGCGUGCGGCGGCUGCCAGGGGCUACGAGUACGAGCUCAACGACUCUGCUCUCUAUUUCUUUGACAACAUGGCUCGCAUCAUCUCCCCUGCCUUCAUUCCCACGGAGACAGAUGUGCUGAGGGUACGACUGCGGACCACCGGAGUCAUCGAGACUCAGUUCAAGGUCAACCACCUCACCUUCAGGAUGUAUGAUGUGGGCGGGCAGAGGACGGAGAGGAGGAAGUGGAUUGGCUGUUUUGAGGAUGUGAGGGCGGUCCUGUUCGUCGUGUCUCUCAGCGGUUACGACAUGACAUUGGUGGAGGACCCUGCCAUGAACCGACUGCAGGAAAGCCUAAAGCUGUUUUCCUCCAUCUGCAACAACAUCUUCUUCAGGAACACCUCCAUGAUCUUGUUUAUGAACAAGAUCGACCUGUUCCAGGAGAAGAUCCUGCACUCUGGACGACACCUCAGACGUUAUCUUCCUCAGUUCAGAGGGGCAGAUUGUGACGUGGACACUGCGGCCCGGUUCAUCUCCUCCCUGUUCGUGUCCCUUAACGCCUCACCCUGCAGGCUGGUCUACCACCACUUCACCACCGCCACUGACACCUCCAACGUCCAGAUCGUCUUUCAGGUCGUCAUGGACACCAUUGUCAAGGAGAAUCUGGAGGCCGUCUCUCUGCUCUGAUGGAACCCUGCGUAGCACCCUGGGUAGAACCCUGGAUAGGAACCUGGUUAGAACCAAAGCCUAAGACUUCAUGAAGUCACUUCCUCUAGGACAGAGGAAACGAGACAAGACUUCCUCUAGGAGAGAGGAAACAAGAUAAGACUUCCUUUAGGAGAGAGGAAACAAGACCAGCUCUUGUGUCUUUGACUGUUCCUUGAAGAGCUGGUUUGCGUUUUUCCACAGGGAGCUGGAGGUUCUAGGUGUGUCAACAACCAAGAACCAGGUAGUCAUAGGCUGCAGUGACAAAUGAGUGAGGUGUGUGUGUGAGGAGGUGUGUGUGUGUGGGGAGGGUGAGUGUGUGUGUGUCAGAGAGAGGGUGUGAGAGAGUGUGUAUGUGGGGUGGAUACGUGUGUGUGUGUGUAUAAAAGAGUGUGUGUGGGAGGGGGGUCAGCAGAAGAGGGGAGAGAAUUUACUGCUUCACCAUUGCUGGUAGUUUAAUGGUGGGUGCUGGGUUCACCCAUGCAUACGGCACUGUAUUUUCCUCUCAUUUAUCAGUGUGUGUGUGUGUGUGUCUGUGUGUGCGUCAUGCACAGCUAAUGGAACCUAGAUCUAGAAAACACCCCGUUCUGUUUGCCUUGCGUUAAUAUAAUCACUUACCCAUCACCCUUUUUCUCCUAGCCUCUUUCUCUCGCUCUCUUUCUCUCCUUGUUGACUUCUAUCACAGUGAUAAUUAAGCCCAAAACACACACACACAGAUACCACGCCCCUUUUCAACAGGAGAGGAGUGUCUUGAACUACUUUUGUGGGCUUUCAACUUCCUCAGAACGAUUCUUGUGUCUCGCUGUAGACUGUCGAGUCCGACUGAAGUGAUUCAACGUGAACAGGGGAAACGCCAGAGUAAAAAAAAAAAAAAAAAAACUGUACAGAUCAAGUGCCUUGUAUAUAUAUAUUUUUUAACAUAGUCCACCUUGUUAUAAUGUUAUUUAAAUGCUAUUUUACGGGAUAAUUAUUUGCUGUAUAUUGUAAUCUUUUUGUAAGAGUUUUUAACUGUGGGUGUUUAAUCUCUUCGUACCUGAUGAUUAACCUGUAUGGCCAUUUCAGUCAUUAUUGUUACAAUGUGAAGGCGUUCAUCCUGUGUGCCUUGUGGUAAAGGUGUUAUCUAUGCACUAAUUAUAUUAAAAGUUGUUUUGUGUG